AUGUCGGAGGCUCCUGGUCCAAGCCCUGCAGUCGUCCGGCGCCGAUGGAUUGCGGAGUUCAGCCCACCUCCCACCACGCAGCUGCCCUUGGAGGACUUGGUGGAUGAUGCCACUCUGCGUUGCUGUCGCCGCCUGACGGCAGGGGUGGGAAGCCUGCUGCCCCAGGGGCAGAUUGGAGAGUUCUUCACCCUGGACCAGUUCCAUGGCUCUUUCAAGCCUUUGCUCAAGCAUUGGAGUGCCCCGAGCGGCUUCUGCGGGGCCUUGGCUGUGGCUGGCACGGAGCUGCUCUUCGAGACCCUUGUGUCCGGGCCCCUGGCGGUGGCAGGGGUGCCCCACACACCGGACAUCAUGGCCGACCUUGCCUCGGCGCCCCUCUGCUCCCUCGACUUAAUGCGGCCGCGAGUUGAGUCCAUCAUGCAGCAGAUCCACAGCUGCCGCACAGGAUACAUGAAAGAUCACUCUUCGCAGUUUGAUGAGCCGGGCGUCCAAAAGCAAUACCUGGGAGCCUGGUAUGCGAACUACGAGCUCUCCGACGUUCUCAGGGACUACUGCGCACAGCAGCGAGCAAAAGGAGUGUCUGAUGCUUUCCUUGACCAGAUCGUGUUCUUGCGGGAGAAUCAGUGGCCGGCAUAUGGCGAUGCCACGCACGAGGAGCGGGAACGGCUACCCGAGGAGCAGCGCUUCGGUGGUCGGAAGGUGGCCACCGAGAGUGGGAGUGAGGGGAUCCACUUCGACCCAGCACAGGGUGAUCGCUCCGUUAUCAUCGAAGUGCCCAACAGACGCCUGCUGCUGCGUGCAGAUGAGUGGGAGGCAGGACAUGCGGCCACCAUCGGAUUUCCACGGAUUGCCUGUAUAGAUGUGGGUAACCACUUCACAUGCGCCGUGUUCUUUGAAGCACCUGCUGGAGAGGAGGGCGUGUUGCCCUCAACGCUGCACUUCAACACCACGAAGAGCAAGUACAGCACCCGCCACAUGCUACAGAUUGCCCACUUCCUCUUUGCAAUGCGAGCUCGAGUCGAACCGAGCCUUGCGCCAGAGCCGCCCGAGACUCCUGCACCAGAACCGCUGACCCGGGAAGCCUUCGUUAUUUACCUUGAGGAGGAGGAUUCACCGCUUCAGAAGUAG